AGUCGACAGCGCGGAAGGGGGAGUUCUGCUCCGUAGGCGGGAGUCAGGGGACCUGGUCUAUUGUUUGUGUUUGACUCCGUAGUUUGGUCCGAGGCCUUCGGAGCUUUCCCGGGGCCCUCGGCAGAAGCUGCAGCGACCACCCCCGCCCCUCCCCUCCGUCCCCGGGACCGGGAGGGACCCAGUCCGCGUCACGCCCCUCAGCGCUCGCCGAUCCCUUCUCUGUUGUUGAGUCCGCAUCGUGUCCCCCGGAAUCAGACGGUGCCCCAUAGAUGGCCAGCUUUCCCCCGAGGGUCAACGAGAAAGAGAUCGUGAGAUCACGCACUAUAGGUGAACUUUUAGCUCCAGCAGCUCCUUUUGACAAGAAAUGUGGCCGUGAAAAUUGGACUGUUGCCUUUGCUCCAGAUGGUUCAUACUUUGCUUGGUCGCAAGGACAUCGAACAGUAAAACUUGUUCCGUGGUCCCAGUGCCUUAAGAACUUUCUCUUGCAUGGCACCAAGAAUAUCACCAAUUCAAGCAGCUUGAGGUUGUCAAGACAAAAUAGUGAUGGUGGUCGAAAACUCCUCCUUAACCUGGUAGAUCAUACUGAAGUGAUCAGAGAUUUAACUUUUGCUCCAGAUGGGAGCUUGAUCCUAGUGUCAGCUUCAAGAGACAAAACUCUGAGAGUGUGGGACCUGAAAGAUGAUGGAAAUAUGAUGAAAGUAUUGAGGGGCCAUCAGAACUGGGUGUACAGCUGUGCAUUCUCUCCUGACUCUUCUAUGCUGUGUUCAGUGGGAGCCAGUAAAGCAGUUUUCCUUUGGAAUAUGGAUAAAUAUACCAUGAUACGGAAACUUGAAGGACAUCACCAUGAUGUUGUAGCUUGUGACUUUUCUCCUGACGGAGCAUUACUGGCUACUGCAUCUUAUGAUACUCGAGUAUAUAUCUGGGAUCCACAUACUGGAGACAUUCUGAUAGAAUUUGGGCACCUGUUUCCCCCCCCUACUCCAAUAUUUGCUGGAGGAGCAAAUGACCGAUGGGUACGAUCGGUGUCUUUUAGUCACGACGGACUACAUAUUGCAAGCCUUGCUGAUGAUAAAAUGGUGAGGUUCUGGAGAAUUGAUGAGGAUUAUCCAGUACAAGUUGCACCUUUGAGCAAUGGUCUUUGUUGUGCCUUUUCUACUGAUGGCAGUGUUUUAGCUGCUGGGACACAUGAUGGAAGUGUGUAUUUUUGGGCUACUCCAAAGCAGGUUCCUAGUCUUCAGCAUUUGUGUCGUAUGUCAAUCCGGAGAGUAAUGCCCACCCAGGAAGUCCAGGAUCUGCCAAUUCCUUCCAAAGUUUUGGAGUUUCUCUCUUAUCGAAUUUAGAAGCUCCUGCACCACCUCCCCCCACCCGCACCCCCCAUAGUAGGGACUGACAACACUUCACACAAACCUCAAGCUUUACUGACUUCAACUAUCUUUUUCAAGGUUUAGACUUAUUUAAUUUGAUACAUUCUUGUAUUGCGUUUUGAUCAGUUAUUAUUUAUAGACUGUAGGAGAAAUAUUUCCACACAUACAAGUGUAAAUUUUUUCCUAAGAUCUAACUGUGAAAACAUAUACAUACAUGUAUAUUUUAGAUAUAAGCUGCUAAGUGUUGAAUGGACCCUUUUGCUUUUCUAAUUUUUAGUUCUGGCAUGUAUAUGUAUUGCUUUUGUAGAGCCACAAAUAUGUAUCUUUGUUGUAAAGUGGAAGGAAUUUCUUUUAUUCUGGUACACUGCACUAGAUAGUAAAUAUCUUAAAAAGCUAAAUUGCCUCAAAUGUGUAUUUGGCUGGGGGGGUGGGGGUGGAACACCAGACAACUGACCUACAAGUAAAAUGCAGUCUUUCUAUAGGGAAAGGAUUUUGUUUUCCUUAGGAAUGUCUUCUAAGCUGGUAGAGUUUUACUUUAAAGUCAUCCAGGCUAUAACUAGAAAAAAAGGGUGUCUUCUUUCCCCCUGAAUACCGCUAUGGACAUUAGUUUUGGAACACUUACUACUUUAACCUUUGUGGCAUAAAGAAUUAUAAAUCUUAGUUUGGAGGCCCAUCUACUGUAUCAUUGCUAAAUAUUUUGUUUGUACUAAGGGACAGUUAUUUUUUAAGACAGUUUCUUUUUUUGCUUUUUUUUUUUUUGGCUUUUUUACAUGUAUCCUAUGUUUCUGCAAGGAGAUAGAUAAUAUUGGUGACUUGCCAAAAAAGGAGCAAAUGGUAUACAUACUUUUGCUUUCUGUUAUUUAUCUUACCUGCAGAUAUUAAUAAUGUAUACAAUAUAUAAGAUGUUUCAUUAUAUUUUUUGUUGCAUUUUUUAAUUAAAGAUUGGUUUAAAAGAA